AUGUUCAUCUCGAUAAUUAUAUCAAUUGUUAUUGCGAUUUGUUUGGGGAGUUCUUUGUAUAAAGGUUCGGAGAUUAGGAGGAAUGGAAAGAAACUGAGACGACCACCAAAUACAUUACCAUUAGUUGGAAAUGGUAUCCUAUUUCUCCAAGCUCGUCACAAGCUCUUUUCCUGGUUCGUCAAGUGUGAGCGCAAAUUUGGAUGGGAAACGUUCGAAAUUUCAGUUCCUUCAUUGCCACCCGGUGUUGUGAUAAAUGAUCCGAAGAAUCUCGAGUUUGUUUUGAAGAAUGAAGGCAUUUUUGCAAAAGGGGACUUUUUCAAGAGCAGGUCUUGGGAUUUAUUCGGCAAUGGAAUUAUCAAUGCUGAUGGGGAUCUAUGGAAGGUGCAGCGAAAAGCUGGCUUGAAUUUUCUCAACGCUUCAAAUCUAAAAGUACUUACCGAUGUUGCACUUCCAAAAUAUCUAGAGGAGUCUCUGGCGCAGCUUAGGAUUGUAGGUAAUGGCAAGACCAUUGAUUUGGAGGCCGUGUUUCAUGAACUGACUACGAAGCUUAUGGGCCGGAUGGCAUACGAUAUGGACAUGCGUUCCGGUGACCCAUUCUCGUUAGCUUUCGAAUACGCAUCCGGAGCUACCGGAGAAAGGUUCCAAAAUCCUCUUUGGCCUGUCACCGAGAUGCUAUUUGGUGGUCGUUUUAGAUCGUCAAUAGCAAAAGUCAAAGCAUUUGGUACUGAGAUUGUGUCGAAUGCUGUUAGAGCCCGACAAGAGAAGUCUCAAGUGAACAACGAGCAAAACUCCUUGGAUUCUAUUUCUGGCAGUUUAAUCAAUUCUCUAUUGAAUUCAAUUGACGACCAUCAAAUGGUAGCAGAUGCAGCCCUGAAUUAUCUUUCUGCUGGCCGUGAUACUACUGCACAAGCUUUGACGUGGGCAUUUUAUCUUCUAAUGCGUCACCCAAGAGUCAUGGACAGUGUACGUCAAGAAGCAGCUUCUCUUACUAAAGGUCCCAACAGACAGUCAACAACAUACAAGCCAACAAUUGUCCCGUAUAUUAUGGCUGUUUUCUACGAAGCACUGAGACUUUAUCCUCCGGUCCCAUUUGAAAUUAAGCAAUGCGAGCAAGCGACUACACUCCCCGAUGGAACCUUUCUUCCUGAACACGCUGUACUAGUCUGGUGUCCAUGGGCAAUGAAUAGGUCAAGGUCGAUCUGGGGCGACGAUGCUGAUAAUUUCAGACCUGAGAGAUGGCUAGAGGAUGGCGUUAUCAUUUUGAAGACUGCCUUUGAGUAUCCAGUCUUCAAUGGGGGACCGCGUACUUGCCUGGGAAAGAAAAUGGCAGAAGCUGUGGCUGCUCAAGUAAUUGCAACCUUGGUUGUCAAUUUUAACUUUUCGCUGAUCGAUCAGAAAGAGAGAAUCAGUAAGAAUAGUCUCACUUUGCCUAUGGAGGGUGGGCUGCCGUGUAAAGUGAGUAUCAUUGCCUCUGCAUGA